AUGGAGAAGUUUGAGAAGACUGGACAUGCCAGCAAACAGGUGAAGGAAACAUUCCGGGAGCAGGUCGCCACGGCUGCCCUUUCCAACGCCCAAUCCGACUUUGAGGCAACUGGUCUCAAGGUUCUCACCAACAAGGAUCACGGCGACAAGUCACAGGUCGACAAGGCAUUCCUCGGCAUGUGCAUGAUCUCCGUCGCUGGUCCCAAUGUGGUCGCCUUCGCCCACAAUGUCGGUGUAAACCGAACUACAAACCAACAUCAUGUGCGUAGUAUCGCCAACAAUAUGCAUACCUCAUCUCGUCGGUCCGUCAAGCACCCCAUCUGCAUCGCCGUCCGUCGGGAGUCUAUCGACCCCACCUCAGUCUCCAAGACAUGGCCCAACGGCAAGAGCAACAACCCACCCACUCUCAAGAUCCUUCAAGGUGGCAAGGUGGAGCUCCUCGACGGCAACCAUCGUGUCGAGGCCGCCAAGCUUCACUCCCAGAUGAUGGUCAAGCUCAUCACCUUGAAGAAGCUGGAGCUCAGGAGCUCUGAAGUCAAGCACAUCACAGGACCAGAGGACCUCAAGGCUCUGGAGCACGAGGUGGAGGUGCUGACCAAUGCCCUUGCUGGCACGUACUGGUGGGUGGCGGAGGUGUACGAUCUGGACGCGCCAAAGGACAUUCUCCUGAAGCUGUCCGAGAAUGCCACCGGUCCCAUCCUGCCCCAGACCCCUUCUGAACAACUCUGGGCUGCUGCAUGCCAAGUUGCUAACCACAUCAAUAACCCUGCGAAUGGCAUCAGCGAGGAGGACCGACGCACCCUCCCACCCAAGGUGCUGCAGGAAGCUCUCAGCAAUGUCACUGUCAAGAACAACCGCAAGAACCUCCUGAUGAGCAAGCCGGCAACCUGGGUAGUCGUUCAACUCGCCGUCGAGUUUUCCUACUUUCACAAGGAGGACGUCAUGCCGGCCACAAAGUGGAUUGAAGAGAACUCGAAGGGCGGCCACUUCGGUCACGGCAUCGGCUUCCUUCGGAUGCAAAUGCUGCACGAUGGGUUCAGAAAGCUGGCGCUCAUCGCCUCCUACGACAAAUGGACUGCACCGGGUGUCGUAGCCACCACCAAGGCCUACAACAAGGCCGUCACGGAGCAAUGGGCGCAAGUCAAAGAAAGGCUUGCCAAAGACAAGGACGUCGACUUGCUGGUGCUGGAGCCUUUCAAGAAGGACGACAAGAAGGACAAGUCCUGGGCCUCUGCUAUCACCGCAUACGAGCAGCUCGUGGAGAGGUUCACCAAGAACGGGGUUUGCCACAAGGUGUGGCCACCUGAGCUACUCGAGAAGCUCGACGGUAUCUUCGUCAAACACCUCCAGCACUGCAUGCACGAGUUUGGGCAGCUUGAGUCUGUGGAGUGGUCUCGUGGUCUCAGCAAGUAUUGGCCCGACGUGCUCGUGAUGUGCAAGUCGUACUGGGAGGCCCUCAUCGAGCAAGCUGACACUGACAAGCUCUCCGACAAUGCCAAGGGUGCACUUUCUUAUGCCUAUGACAAGUUGGUGUGGGUGUCGACCCUGUCGCAAAAUGGGUCAACCUUUGUGCUGCCUUUGCUCAGCAAGUCAGCACUCUCAGCGAUGAACACGAUGCUGCUCAACAUCCAGAGCGGAGUAAACUGGCUCACCCUUAUGAUGGAUCCUGUUGCUCCCUUGUCCUCUCGUCUCGAUGGCACCCCUGACGUUUGGGACCUCUCGUCUGUUCUCAACAAGGACCUGCAGGCGGCCUCCUUCCUUCCAUCCUCUCGUCUGUUCUUGAUCCAUUUCUGGAACUCUGUCCUGUCCGAGUCUAGGUCCCUCAAGUUUAUCAGCAAGAAGUUUGAGCAGCAUCUCACUCCAGUCCAUUACAACAUCCUGUCCUCCCACCUCAAGGCCCUCAUGCAACAUUGGGACCACAUUGUAGGUCCCCUCAAUGUUGGCGAGCGGCUCAGCAAGUCCAACGAUGCCAAGGUUGCUGCCCCCCACGCUGAGGAAGACCACGAGCACGUCAAUUUGGGCUCUUCAAGCAAAGGGAAGGGCAAGGGCAAACACGUCUCUGUCGUGGAACGGACUCUGGACUCGCCCUACCAGAUCACAGACCUGGACGAUACUCUCGGCGAAUUCUACGGAGUCCCAGACAUGGACGAAGAACCGAUUGAACUACCCCUUCACGCGCACGACCCAAUCACCAAGCUCGUGCAACGCCUUCAAUUCGACGUAGCCGAUCUUGAACAAUUUAUAUUCAACUUCAGGGGUAACUUCAUCCAUCCAGACUACCCCAACCGCCUCGAAGCACUCAAGCGAGUUCGCAUCGCUCUGGAAACGGUUCAAGAGUACUUGAAUGUCAACUGA